AUGCAAUAAGAUCCAUAUAAUUGGCCUUUUCCUCAUCGUUAAGAUCUCAUGAGUCUCUCAACAAUCAAAAACUAAAAAAGAGAUUUCGUCUACGAAAAUAGAUCUUAAUCAACAAUGACAAUAUAAGGCAUUGACGGAGCAGCUCCGAAGUUAAAGCCAUAUCAAUACUUAAAUAAAGAAUAAUUUUGUAAUCGAGAUGAUGAUAUUCCAGGAACUAAAUCUCGACCACUUAUCAGAGUCAGCAAUAGAUCUGAUAAUCAGUUAAUGAUAGAUGAUAUUAAAGGAACGAGACCUAAAGUGAAUAAAUUUUCAACAAAUAGAGAGCCUAUAAAUCCACUUGAACCUGUUUAUAAAGUAGCAUCAUAUGAACAAGUUGAACCAAUAUAACCUAAAUUCAUAAGAGAUAGCCACAAUGUGUAGGAUAUUGAAGGGACACAGCCUUCGUCUAUGAAUCCUAAAUUGAAAAAGCAGCCUGUCUCGAUGGAAGAGGUGGAAGGUUCGCAUCCCAAAUAGCGUUUCUUGCCUAAAGAUUAUGUUGACUCGUUGCAAGUUAAGGAUAUCAAUAAUGAUUUAUUACACAAGUACGUCCGAAAUACAAAUCCUAUUGAUCCUGUUUAUCCGCAUAGAGAUGAAGAUGGAAAACUAGUGUAAAUAGGUUUUAUAGACGGAAGCAAAACUAAAUAACUACAUCCCGUAACAAUUAAUAAGUUCGCCUCUUCAAUUCUAACAACUAAAGAUAUCAUAGGUGCUUAAGCUGGGUCUCACUCGUAGCACUUUUUGAGGACAAAUGAAAGGAAAGAUUAUAGACAAAUAAAUAGUGUAUCCGAUAUAGAAGGGGUGAAGCCAGGUUCACUUAAGAAAGGAAUUGAAAGUAAGAGAUAUACAAAUCCAUUGAUGCCUGCAUAUCAAAUGCCAGGAAGCAGCGAAAUUUACUCGAUGAAACCCACAAGCGUGUUCUAAAAGAAUGCCAGUACAUAAAUGUUGUCAAAUGCAUAAAAGAUGGAUCUAUUCUUACCUUAAAGUUGA